AUGGAGGGGGGAGAGCAAGUGAUAAUUGACCAAAAGAAGGAGAUUGAGAAAUCUGGAGGUUCGAAACCGGAAACGCAAGGGCAUGAAGGAACAUUUGGCGGCGGCAAUGAAGAAGGAGAUUAUUGUCGAAUAUGUAGAGGCGAAGCGACCGACGAGCUCCCUCUCUUCUAUCCAUGCAAAUGUAGUGGAAGCAUCAAAUUUGUUCAUCAAGAUUGUUUGAUGGAAUGGCUAUCACACUCUCAAAAGAAGUACUGCGAGUUAUGCAAGACGCCUUUUCGAUUCACGAAACUUUACGACCAUCGAAUGCCACAGACCCUACCCAUCCCACUUUUCAUCCGUCAAAUAUGCUUGCAUGCUGUGAGGAACACCUUCAGAUGGGUCAGAUACCUCCUAGUUGGUCUUGUCUGGCUGGGUUGGCUGCCAUGGUCCAUCCGUCAGGUAUGGCGUGGUUUAUUCUGGUUGGCAGAUGGGAGCUGGGGCACGGUUACACAGAUCAGUGCGAAUGCACCAACGUCCUACCUACAAGACUUGGGAAACUCGACAACGGAUGUCGGCUUGACAGCGCUCUCGUCAAACGGCAGGGGAGAGUUCUUAAGCGCCCUACCUGAAAUGACCACUCCCAUCUCUGGCUUUCUAGCUUAUUCGUCAAGUGAAUUCCUGCUGAUGAAGAUUGUUCGCUUUCUUUACCCGGGCUUCUUCAACUGGUCUGUCGGCUUAACUUCAACUGGAGCUGCCAACAGCACGGCAUUUUUACACCUAUCAGAUCGACAACAAUCGUUCCUUUCCGAAGUUCGUUACUUGAAGACGCUGACCUCCUAUCAAACCAUUAAUCACUCUGUCAUAGAUGUGCUUGAGGGACAGCUCAUCUGUUUGCUGGUUGUGACAGCCUUCAUCUUGGUAUUUCUGAUCCGUGAAUGGGUUAUCAACCAGCAGCCGCCAGCAGAUCUCCCUGGAGCGGGUCUUGUAGAAGAAGCUAGAGCGGAUGCUGGAGACGCUGCGUUAAGGGGGCCGGCGCGUCGACCACGAAGGCGGGCUGGAGAAGAGGGGAGAGAAGAAAGGGUGCGUCGAAUUGCUGUGCCAAGAGCACGGCGGAGACUUCUCGCGCCAGAGGCAGAAGCUGAAAACGUUGCUGAAACGACUGAAGAGCCUGUAGCUGGCGAGACUCCUGGUGGUGACGUUGAGGGCUCAGGAAGGAUGUUCAAUGCGAGUAAAGGCCAAGCCGCGCAAGAGCCGACGGAAGAUAACGAGUCUCCCCAAGAUCCGUGUUCUACCACAAGGCCAACCUUAAAAGCACGCAACGCGCAAGAAGAUGCGGCAAGUAUUCGAAGGACAAUUGAGGAAGGCAUUCCAAGCCAAAGCAGUCCAAAAUGGCCCGGUCUAGAAACCUUCAAAGAUCUUUGGAACAGAGCCGACAGUGAUCCCAUUGAAGUGCUACGUAUCAUCCGCGAAGAUAACCGCGAGGUGGAACUUGGAUGGGUUGUGGCGCACAUGGAGAAGUUGCAACAGAAUCAACAGCUUCUGCAGCCUCCGUCGGACAUGCAAACUGCGGACUUGGAAGAUGUACAUGAAUCAACUGACCAACACCAGAGUGGCGGCAGUAUUGAUGCGGCAGAUCUACCGGCACAACCUCCAGAGGCUUCGUCACGGCCAGGGUCGUCUGGCAACAAUCCCCAGAACUCAGAGGCAGAAGAGGCAGCGUUGCCAAAACAGGAUCCACAAGAGGGCUCGACGGCAUCAUGGGAUGUGAUAGCGCCAACUGAAAUGACAGGCUUAUCUGCUCUAGACCUAGCGGCACCUUCAAGUUCUUCCAAUCCGUCUCCUGAAUUCUCUCCCGUGUUCACAGCCGCUGAACCAAACGAAGGGCCUACCGUGGAACAAGAAGAAAUCUCAAGAGCGAAUGCUGUAUUUGAGGCUCCGGACGCGGUGCUACACGGCGACAGCACUUCUGAUGACACACCUACAGCGAUCGACGCAUUAGCCGACUGGCUUUGGCGAACAGAUGAAUAUGUAGCACAAGCUAGCGAGCAAUUUGGUGAGGAUGACGCGCAAGUCGUUGAAGAUGUCGACCACGAAGCUCCUUUUGUGCCGAUACCUGCUGUGGAUGUUGUCUCUGAUGCUGAAGAUGAAGCAGAAGCGGAACAGGAGCAGAAUCCGGAAGUCAUUGCUGCCGCCGCGGCUGCUGGGAUUGACCUCAACAACCUCGAAGCUGUUGAGGAUGCAGAAGAUCUCGACGGUAUCCUUGAGCUUAUCGGCAUGCAAGGCCCGCUUACAGGGAUGGUGCAGAACGUAAUCUUUAGUGAAUUCCUCAUCACUCUCACUCUAGCCGCCAGUGUCUGGUUGCCGUACAUUUGGGGCAAGAUUGCAUUACUCUUGCUGGCAAACCCUUUUGGAGUGUUUGUCAGAGCACCGUUGCACCUUCUUUCGAAGGUCGCUGAUACCUCUGUCGACAUAUCGCUAUUCAUCUCAGGGAUAUGCGUAUACAUGCUGACUUUUGCCCUGAAUUGCGUGCUGCAUUUUGUUUAUCUUGUCCGUCCUGUCUCUCAUCCUUGGAUCGAUACUAUCUCGAUCGGAAAGAUGUCGCUGAGUCUUGCGUCAGGCAGCGGCAGCAGGUUAGAGAAGUCAAUCUUUGGGACGUUCGGAGGUUUGAAACCCGACCUACCUAGCUUUUCAGUACUCUCGCAUCAAGCACUCCACGUAUUCCAGCGUCGAUUGGUCUUGGAUCUUGAUACGAUCGGACAGUUCAUGGUCUAUAUCAGCUAUGAGGUGCCGCUACGGCUGAAAGAAUGCAUCCAUGGCCUUGCAGGUAUCGACAAAACCAUCUUCACCAAGGCAUUAAAUUUGCUCGUGACCUCCUGUCAGCAAAGUAGGCACGAUCUCAGAAGGCUGUACCAAGGCUUAUGCAAUUUACGUUCUCUCAAAGUUGAAGUUCAAGCGCCACUAGAUACCAGCUCUCUAGACUACAACCUCGCCCAGUGGAACACGCGAGAUCGAAUCAUCGCAAUCGUUAUUGGUUACGUCUUCUUCGCCUUUAUCGGAUAUCUGUAUGUCAAGAUCAGUCGCCUGGUUCUCGGACUCAAAAAGGGCGAGAAGGUGGAAGGUGUGGUUGCCGAUAGCUUGAACCAGGCUAGCGGAGUCAUGAAGGUCAUUUUGAUCAUUGGAAUUGAGAUGAUUGCCUUCCCACUAUAUUGUGGCCUUCUCCUCGAUGUGGCUCUAAUGCCUCUAUUUGAAGGCGUAGGCAUCCAGUCCAGACUAGCCUUCAUGAUGAACGCACCCUUGACGGCAGUCUUCGUGCAUUGGUUUGUUGGCACUUGUUACAUGUUUCAUUUUGCUCUUUUUGUGUCGAUGUGCAGGAAGAUCAUGCGAAAAGGUGUGCUCUAUUUUAUCCGGGAUCCCGACGAUCCAACAUUUCACCCUGUUCGAGAUGUUCUUGAACGUCCUAUCGCAACACAACUCAGCAAAAUCGCUUUUUCCGGGCUCGUUUAUGGCGGCUUGGUGAUUCUUUGCCUGGGGGGUAUUGUGUGGGUGGUGUCCAGAAUACAAGGAAUUUUUCCGAUCCAUUGGACAUCAAAUGAACCCAUUCUGGAAUUUCCGAUUGACCUUCUGUUCUACAACUUUCUGCUGCCCAUCCUCAUACGCAGUGUUAGGCUAUCGCAGAAACUCAAUGCAAUGUACGAAUGGUGGUUCCGAAGAUGUGCCCGCUGGUUACGACUCACCAACUUUCUGUUCAACGAACAAAAGGACGACGAGCAAGGAAGUUAUGUUAGGCGCACCUGGUGGGCAGUCCUUCGAAGGAGGCGGGGUGAUGUUGAGAAGCCUGCUAUUGGGGAAGAUCGACAGACUCUGGCUGACGACGGUCAAAUCGGAACAUACUUUCUUCGAGAUGGCACCUUUGUCCGCGCGCCUGGAUCAGACUCGGUACGAAUACCGAAAGGUGGUCGAGUAUUCCUGGAAGUUGAUGAAAACAACAGCAGAACGGAUGGUCAAGCGGAAGACGACGAUGGUCCACAUGGGAGCACGAACCACAAUUUCGUGAAGGUCUAUAUUCCGCCCAUGUUCCGUGCACGAAUUGCCGCGUUUGUGAUCCUGGUCUGGGCAUUCGCAGCCGCCUCUGGAAUCAUGUUCACCAUCGUUCCCCUCUCGUUAGGACGAACGUUCAUUGUCCUCAUCACCCAAAGUGACCGGCCCCCAAAUGACCUAUACGCAAUCUCUAUCGGCCUCUACUUGUGUGGCAGCGUGGCAUACGCAUUCUCAUACUACGGUAUCUGCAACGAAUGGGUCUGGGGAAAGAUCAAGUAUUAUUUCAAAGACACAAAGCACGCACUUCCUCGGCUUUGGUCAUCGAUCGCUUAUUUCUUCGGUCUUGCGUACAUGGGCGUUAUGUUCGGCUUUGUUCUUCCUUUCUUGUUCUCGACUCUGGUGGAGCUCUAUUUUGUCGCUCCUCUACAUACGUAUCUUGCGUCAACAUAUCCUCCACCACCUACAUAUGCACCUCCAGGCCUGCCACCGACAAUACAUCUCGUACAGACUUGGACACUCGGGCUUGUCUAUCUCCGAGUCAUUCUACGUAUCGUGACGAAUCAACCGGGUCCACAUACCAGAGCGGCGACGGCUAUCAGAUCAAUACUCCGAGAAGGUUUCUGGCGUCCUGAUACGCGAUUGGCGACCAGAGCCUUCGUUCUGCCCUCUCUGGUCUUAUCGUCCAUUCUACUGGUGAUACCUCUGGCUUUGGGAUGGAUAAUCAAUGCCACGCUGCGCCAGCCAACAUUGCAAGCCAAGGUGUACAGGUACGCAUACCCUGGCAUCCUUGGCGUUGCCCUAGCGCUGCAUUGUGCGGUGCUUCUGAGGCGACAGGUUGGGGUGUGGAGGAUGACGAUCCGCGAUGAGGUUUAUCUGAUCGGCGAACGAUUGCAUAAUUUUGGCGAGGCGCAGAGGAGGCAGAGUAAGGGGAAGGGAAAGGCGCGGGUGCGUGACCGGGCGGUUUCGGAGAGGUUGCAAAUUCAGUAG